GGAGGCAUUGACUCGCUCGGCUUCCUUCUUUCCUCAAAGCCGCGUGGCCUCCGAUACGAUAGCAGGUGAGAAACUAAAAAAGCCCAAAUGGCGGUGGGAGGUCGUCGUUUCCCCUCCCACCGAUCCCCACCCCUCGCGACGCCAUUUCCACUGCUACAUGAUCACUAGGGUUUCGCUGUCCCCAUAAGCUCCGAUGCGCUGGUGGAAGCGUUCCGCCUCCCCCUCCCGCUCCUCCUCCUCCUCCGCCUCCACGCCCGCGUCCCCCCCGCGCGCCUCCACCUCCCGCAUCAUCGGCGGCGGCGGCUCCAACCCCCGCCGCGAUGCAGGCGGGGAGCCGCGGCUAAUCAGGGCGCGGCGGAUGCGCUACGUCGUCGACGACCUCGAGGUCGGGGUCUCCGCGCUCGGGCUGGAUGCUCCGGCGACGAGGGACGCGUCGGCGGGGUUUGCGCUCGCGACGGCGAGCUCGACGCCGAUCUCUAGGUCGCCGAGUAACAUGGAGGUGGCGCCGGCGAGGUCGUCGUCGACGCCCGUGCUGCUGACGCACCCACUGCCGCUGCCCGGCGAGGGGGAGUCGCCGUGCCGCGGGCCCGGGAGGCCGCUUCCGUCGCCGACGCCGAGGAUGGUCGACGGGGACUGGAACGUGCGGGCGGCGGAAGCGCCCGGAGUUUUAGAUACUUGGGGCGAAAGGAUGCCGCCGUUGCUCACGCCAAGAUUGAUGGCCCAAACUGUACAAAAGACUCAUGAGCACAAUGAUUUACGGUUAAAUGGGACUACCUGUGGUCAACGGAGAAAGGGUUUUAAAGAGAAGUUCCAGGAUAACAGCUCUGCUGAAACUUUGAACUUCAGAUUGAACAUUCCUGCUAAAAGUGCUCCAAGCAGUGGGGUUUCAAGCCUUGCACAAAGUCCUCGAAGAUUGAGUAAUGUAGACUUCUCAGCUGCUGCAAUCUCUAUCCGAGAUACCAAUGUAUGGUCAGCGCGGUCAGUCUGGUCUUCUGAUCUGUUGGGAUCUUCACCUCCUUGUGCCUCCCCUGAAAAGUUUGCAGGUGGUCAGGAGCAUUCUCCUCGCUCUAGUCCAAUGAGAAGUCCGGUUCUAAGAUCAAGAAAUCCAAGUGCACCUCCAUCGCCGAUGCAUUCAAAGUUGUUCGUGGAGAACCAUGUUUGUCGUCCUGAAGGCAAUGGGAGUGCCGAUUUUCACCCAUUACCUCUCCCUCCUGCUUCUGUAAGCCCAAAUCAGACAAAUGUAAGCCACCAGUUAGUUCCGAAAGUUGAGAUGCCGUCAGUGGCUGGUCAAUGGCAAAAAGGAAAACUCCUUGGCAGUGGCACAUUUGGAUGCGUAUAUGAGGCCACAAAUAGGCACACCGGAGCUCUUUGUGCCAUGAAAGAGGUCAAUAUAAUUCCAGAUGAUUCUAAAUCUGCUGAGUCUUUGAAGCAAUUGGAACAGGAAAUAAAAUUUCUUAGUCAAUUUAAGCAUGAAAACAUAGUGCAGUAUUACGGCAGUGAAACUAUUGAAGAUAGGUUCUACAUAUACCUGGAAUAUGUUCAUCCUGGUUCAAUUCAUAAGUAUGUCCAUCAACAUUGUGGAUCACUGACAGAAUCAGUCAUCCGUAACUUCACGCGCCAUAUUCUCAAGGGUCUUGCUUUCUUACAUAGCCAAAAGAUUAUGCAUAGGGAUAUCAAAGGGGCAAAUUUGUUAGUUGAUAUCAAUGGUGUAGUCAAAUUGGCUGACUUUGGAAUGGCUAAGCAUUUGAGUACUGCAGCUCCUAAUCUGUCAUUGAAGGGAACACCAUACUGGAUGGCUCCUGAGGUUGUUCGGGCCACACUUGAUAAAAGUGUAGGCUAUGAUCUUGCUGUUGAUAUUUGGAGCCUUGGUUGCACAAUCAUUGAGAUGUUUACAGGAAAGCCUCCUUGGAGCGGUCUUGAAGGGCCAGCUGCAAUGUUUAAGGUGUUGCGCACGGACCCACCAAUUCCGGAUAAUCUGUCCCCUGAAGGGAAGAAUUUUCUAAGAUGCUGCUUCAAGAGAAACCCUGCAGAGAGACUAACAGCAAGCAAGUUGCUUGAACACCAAUUCAUCCAAAAUUCAAAUCACUACAACCAGCAUGGCUCAAUACAUUCUUUUGCAGGAAUAAAAUCCCCAGAUAUUGGGUACAACAUCGCAAGAGAUAAAAUACCCUGGAAGAGUGAUUCAUGUAUGAGAGGGAAACAUGCAAAUGGUGAAACAAGCAGUGCUCGAUCUUCUGGGUCAUUGGCUUAUCGUUUGACACCCCUACCCAACUUGGGAAUCAAUAGCCUGUCACCUCCACCUUUGAGUUCUGCCUCCAGUUCGGGCUCUGCAGCCCAUACACCGAACGGUAUGCAUUUUUCAAUUGCAUAUCCUCAGCCUAGUCCACUGCCAAGGUCUAACGGGAAGGAAGCAAUAAACUUGUUUUCGCAUUGAAGCACAUCUAUGUGCACACACAUCUGGGCCAAAAGCAGCAUAAGAAUGCACAGUCCUGAGGCAUGUAAAGGACACUACCACGGUAUGAUCACAGCGGAUUGUUGCUGAAUGAGGGAGCCUUGUGACAUGAGUCUAAUGUUUAUUUUCUGGGGAAAUGAUUCCAUUUCCCAUGUAACAUGUUUAUUAGGGUUUAGCUGUAGGUAAAACUAAUGGUCCUAAUUGUGCAGACACAUAGGACAUUAGGUGGGGGGGGGGGGGGGGUUGUUGUAGCAUAUGAUAUGUUGUUGAUGUGAUGUUGUGUAAUGAUCAUGAUCAUAUUUGUAACCAUUCUUGAUGAUUUUGUGGGCCCAAGUAAUAAUGCAUGUCAAUUGGCAAAAGGAGA